AUGGUCUACAGCCCCUGGGCAAAUCCCACGGCUUGUGGGCCUGGGGCCUACAACCACCGAAACGGGCAGAGGGUAGAUCGACGCGCACCUGCACCAGUCCGUGUGGGAUGGGAUGGGCAUCCUGUAAGCACGUGCAGCCUGUCCCCUGUGGAGAACGAGGCGGUGGUGGCCGAGAUACUUCGAACCGGCUGCGUGGUGCUCGUCGAGGCGCGCGACAUGCUCGCGCCGCUCAAGACGGCACAGGGGCUGCGCCGGUGGAAGGUUGCGCAUCCCAGCAAGCGGCAGAUCUUCUCGAGCCAUGCAGAGGCACAGGCAGCUGGGGCGAAGUUGCGUCCAGGUGUCUUCGCGCCCGCGGAGGACGCGCCCGAGAGCCGGCAGCUGCCCCGGUGCAUCCGGAUCCUCCCGCACCACAACGACACGGGAGGCUUUUUCAUCGCCGUUUUUGAGAAGACUGCCGAGCUGCCCGAGAGGCACAAAAGCUCAGAGAAAGCGGAGCCGGAGAAGGAUCGAGCGCUGGGCGGCUUGGCAAGGCAAUCUAACGGCAGACUGCACCCAGACAAUGACCUUCCUGGCUACGACAGCGAUGUGGACAGUGACGGUGAGGAGGCCGAGCGGCAGAAGCAGCUCAAGAAGCUGGAAGAGGCUGUCGAGAGCGGCCGCAGCGAGCAGGAGCGUCAAAAGGCCGAGGCGCGGCGCGAACGAGCCAGGAAAUCGGGUUCCCUGUCGCGGGAGAUCGUGCGCUACGAGCGCCUUGCGGAGUCGCCGGAGCAGGCUGCUUCACUGCGCAGCUUCUACGGCCUGCACGACAACUUCCCGGAGGAGCUCUUCUUCAGCCGCCGACAUCUGGAGCUAGAUGCCAAAGGGGAGCUGGUGCAAACACACUGGGGCGAGGGCAGCCAGCUCAUCUUCCUGGCUCGCGCCGCCGCGCGGCUGCUGCUCCUGGGCACGGCGGCAGGGGCCAAGCGAAAGCUGCGGGUCAUCGCCGGUGGCCUCCGCGUCUUCGAGAAGGAUCGUUUCGAUGUUCCGGACAAAGCCACGCAGUUCAGGUUCGCCCAAGAAGCCGUUGAGCCGAUGUUGCCCUAUGUGGGACGGCGCGUGGUCGUCCUGGAGGAGCUCUCGGACACCCGGCGUCUGCUGGGGGCCCUCCGCAACGCCCCGCUGGCGGCACUGGCCGGGGGUCCAGCCCUGGCUCCCUUGAGCCCAGGUGGCUGCAUCCUCCUGCUGCGCACAGCCCACGGUGACCUGCUAGCAAUCUCUGCCCUGCGGACGCAGAAGGCAGUCAACCUGUUCGUGAACGACCAAGCCAUGCCGCACAUGUGCGAGGUAGCUGGCUGCAUGGGCAGCCAGGAGGAUGACCUCAGUGAAUUCCUGGCUUUGGAGAGGACCUGCGAUUUCCGAGAAAGCCUAACGGACUUCGAGGCCCUCCUUCCGGCCCCGGAUAUCGGCUUCUGGCAGGAGCUUAGCCGUCGGAAGCUGGACGUCUGGCGGCUGGACUCAUCGAAUGUGCCGCUCACUGCCUACUUCGAGGCUUCUCAGGCCGCGGGCGUGCCGGCAAAGUGCUAUCUGCAGAAGGAUGCCUUUGAGGAGCCGCAUCUGCCCUCCGGAGGUGUUGCCGUCUCGGGCGAGCUGAAGAACUUCAACACUGAGGAGGAGUUCCGGGGCUUCCUCGGGAACGCGGAAGCGCGCGCGAGCUGCUUGGCCGAGGCGGUGGCGAAGAUCCGCGGGGACAUCGAGUCCGGUGCGGCCAUCGACGAACCCGCCAGACUGAGGCGGCUGCUGCUUUGCACGUUCGCUGACCUCAAGAAGUACCACUACAGCUACCUCUUGAGCGUUCCGGCCCUUCGCUUGUCUUCGCCUUGGGCCUGGCAACCUGCUGGGCGAACGGAGGCCGUCCUGGACCGCAAAGAGGUGGCGCAGCUCGCGCGGAGCCUUCGCGAGGACCCAAGCCACUCGGGCGUGCGACUCCUCGUCCGCAGCGAGGCCUCUGCAGCCCCUACUUGGUCAGUCCACCCACUCUCAGAGCUCCCACGGCUGAAGGCCCUGACUGCAGAAGCGCUGGUUGUGGCUUUCGCCGAUCCUGCCUCGGGUGAGGCGCCCGGCUGGCCUCUCCAGAACCUCCUGAUGCUUUUGGCGUUCCAUCGCCCGGGGAAGUACCGCAUUCUCAGCUUCCGAGACCCGCAGCUGGCUGCGGGUUCCGAGGGCUACGGCGGCGCAGCGCCCCUCCGAUCUCGGCUCUUUGACGUCGACGUGCCCAAGGUGCCGGCCGUGCCCGCUGAGAGUCGACCAGGUUGGUCGAAAAUCGCUACCACGGACCUCACCCGCUUCCUCGACUCCAAAACUGUUGCGGCGAAUGCUGUGGACCUCAACGUCAAGCUGAUGCAGUGGCGAGUGCUGCCCUCCCUGCAGCCCGAGCGAAUGAAGGAUUUGCGGGUGCUGCUUCUGGGGGCUGGCACCCUGGGAUGUGGGGUGGCGCGCGCUCUCAUGGGCUGGGGCUGCAGGCGGAUGACCUUCGUGGAUGCUGGCAAGGUUUCCUUCUCCAACCCUGUCCGGCAGAGUCUCUUCACACACAGAGACGCCGCCGAGGGCCGCAAGAAGGCGACGGCGGCGCGUGAGGCCGUCGAGGCAAUCCUUCCUGACGCGGAAGUCGCAGAUGUAGUUCUGGACAUCCCCAUGCCUGGCCAUCCCCACCAGGCGGCGGAAGGCCUCCGAAGCAACCUUGCAAAGCUGCAGGAACUCAUCGAUGCCCAUGACGUCGUGUGUAUGCUCACAGACUCCCGAGAGUCUCGGUGGGUUCCAUCCUUGCUUGUGGGCGCUGCGCAGAAGGAGAAAGACUCUCCUCCCCUCGGGCUGACUGUGGCGCUGGGGUUCGAUUCCUUCCUGGUCUCCAGGCAAACCUACAAAGAUUCCGUGGCUGCGUGCUACUUCUGCAAUGAUGUCACCGCCCCGGCGGACUCCCUGGCAUUCAGGACCUUGGAUCAGCAGUGCACGGUGACCCGCCCGGGCAUCUCGGGUCUUGCCAGCAGCGUUGCUGUGGAGCUUCUCGCAGCGCUCACACAGCACGAGGAGGGCUUCGCGGCUCCGUGCUGUACGGGGACCGAGAGCCUGACCCGGUCCCCCCUGGGCGGGGUGCCGCAUCAGGUUCGCGGUUAUGCAGCGGAGUAUACCUUGUCUCCAGUGGAGACGGAGCCUUUCUCGCGCUGCAUCUGCUGCUCUCCCCAGGUGCUGCAGCGCUAUGCCGACGAGGGGGUGGCCUUCCUGGAGAAGGUCAUUGCGGACUCCUCGAUCUUGGAGGAAAUCUCCGGCCUGGCGGAAAUGAAAGCCGGACUGCGCGAGCAUGAAGUGGAGGCCUUCGACGACUUUGACGAGCUCUGA